GUGUGGAAUCCUUUCAUUUCACUUUACAUAGAUUAUAAUGAAGUAUUUUGUGCUUUUUUAUUUAUUCAGAACACAGAAUUGGUUUAUGGUUAAAAUACGUAAUAGUGAAUAUUGAAAUGACAAAUUACUAUAGCUAGACUUGAAUACCCUUAAUAUAUCUUCGGGAUGAUUCCUGGACACAAAUAAAAAAACCAAUAAUUGUGAAGAAAAGAUUUCAGUCUUCUGCCAGUACUGAAUAAUGUUUCCAAAUCACUUUAGUUUUGUAAGUGGAAUUUAGAACACUAGAAGAAUCUUAUACUUGUAAUUUUUGUUUUCAGCUGAAUUGGCCUUUAAAAGUAUGGAUUUGUUAGAAUUGCAUGAAAAGGGGCUGUCGAUUGGCUCAGGGGCAGAGCACUUACCUAGCAUGUGCAAGGCACUGAAUUUGAUUCCCACUACCAGAGGGGGAGAGAAAGGUAGGAAAAAAAAAUGCAGCCUUGGGUUUCAGAUGUGUGGCUACAUGCCCUUCUUUUUUGCUUUCAAUAUAGGUGCAGCUACCCCAGAAAUGCCCCAAGAAGAAGGGCCACCGAGACUUCCUCCUGAUAGUCUGGAAGUGGAAGGCCACAGUUUGAAGAGAAGCAAGUGGGGUGUUUUAUUUACUGGGAUUGUGGGUGGGGCCCUAGUAGCCGUGUAUGCCGGAGCCACGCCGUUUAUCGCACCAGCCCUCCGAAAAGUUUGUUUGCCUUUCGUACCUGCGACGUCGAAGCAGAUUGAGAAUGUUGUGAGGAUGCUGGGGCACAGAAGAGGCUCCCUGGUAGACAUCGGCAGCGGCGAUGGACGCAUUGUGAUAGCGGCAGCCAAGGAAGGCUUCACAGCUGUUGGUUAUGAAUUAAAUCCCUGGCUAGUUUGGUACUCCAGAUACCGCGCCUGGCGAGAAGGUGUGCAUGGUUCUGCCAAGUUUUACAUUUCCGACCUGUGGAAGGUUUCCUUUUCACAGUACUCAAACGUGGUUAUUUUUGGCGUGCCCCAGAUGAUGCUGCAGUUGGAGAAGAAACUUGAACUUGAACUUGAGGAUGAUGCACGAGUCAUCGCUUGCCGGUUCCCGUUCCCUCACUGGACACCGGACCACAUCACUGGAGAGGGGACAGACACUGUGUGGGCCUAUGAUGUCGGCACUUUUCGAGGAAGGGGAAAGAGCCUUGAAAAUUGAGCACCUCCAGUUGGUCGUUCAGAUAGAAGCUUCACUCAAAGUCUUUUUCUGAGUAAAGAUUUCAUAGACACUUACAGCUCUGUCUUUAGCUAAAGAUACUUACUUACAGCUGUUAACAGCUGUCAAUGAACAUAUCUUGCUUUGAUGUGGGAUGCAGAUCACUAUUCUUUCUAUAGCUUUUGGAGAAAACAGAAGUUAAGAAAACGAGUGGACUUAAAAUCUAUUUUUCUUGGAAUAUGUGCUGUCUUUUCAUACACUGGAAUGCAUGAAAAUGUAAAUAAAUGCAAGCCCUGUUGAUGGAUCAGAAAAUGUCGACAGCUUUAUACAUUAUAAACAGUAUGGUUUAAUACUACAGAUAAGGACAAAUGGUUUUUAAAUAGAGUAUGUAUUAGCAAAAGGUUUGCUCUUUCCUGCAGCUUCAUACGUAAGAUUGAUCUCUUUUCUAUACUUUAUUGCAAAACUAAUUUUCUAAAGGACUCAGAGCUAUUUACAUUUUAUAUUUGUAAGGAAUAAUUAGCCCCAGGGCUAGAUUACUGUUUAAUUGAAGAUACGUACAUGUAUACAAGUACAUGUGUGUGCAUGAGUAUGUAUAAACAUAUACCCAUUCUAAUGUUUCUGCAAUUGGUGUACCUUCUUUCACUUGCACUGUGGAAUAAUUGGCAAGGGUUUAAUAACAAAAUACUGAUUGUGAGCUUCCUGGGGUGCCUGAACUGGGUUCAGAUCUCUGCACUGUCCUCAUUGGGAGGCCUUGCACAAAGAAUUACUCUGAGCCGUGAUUUACUGCAUAUCUCUGCCACCAGGGAUAAUGACUCACAGAAAUUUGUACAGCUCACAGCACAUAGUCUUUGGUUCAGUAAGUGGUAUUUGGUAUUUAUUAUGUUAGACACUAAGGAAAAGCUUAUUCAUAGAACUUGCAGAUUUUUUUUUUUUUUUGGUACUGGUACUGGGCCUUGAACCUGAGGCCCUGUCCCUUAGCUUUUUAGCUGAAGGCUGGUUCUCUACCACUUGAGACAUAGCUCAACUCCUGGCUUU